GGGGUCCCGCCCCGGAGACAGAGAGUGUGUGUGGCCUCCCCGGCCGAGAGCGGCUCCCAGAUCAUGUCUCAUUUGGACGAAGCAGCCCGCCGGCUGUCCAAAAGUGGAACCAGCCUCUAUGCAGUGCUGGAGCUUAAGAAGGGUGCCUUGCCCGAAGAUGUCAAAAAGUCCUACAGUCAUUUCCCACCCCUUUCCCACCCUCCUUACGGAUAUUGCCCGGCUAGGAAACUGGCCUUGAAGUAUCAUCCAGACAAGAACCCAGGGGAUCUUCAGGCUGCAGAAAUAUUCAAAGAGAUCAACACAGCUCAUGCCAUACUGAGUGACCCAAAGAAGCGGAAAAUCUAUGACCAGCAUGGCUCGUUGGGAAUAUAUGUGUAUGAUCACUUCGGCGAAGAUGGCGUCAGAUACUAUUUUAUGUUGAAUAGUUGUUGGUUCAAGACACUUGUUCUCCUGUGUGCACUCCUCACAUGUUGCUGCUUCUGCUGCUGCUGCUGCUUCUGCUGUGGAGCACUGAAGCCACCACCUGAGGAAACUGCGAGGAAAAAUUACCAACAGAAUGUCCGGCAACAGCCCACGAGGGCAGGUGCUGACCCAGUGGGGAUGCCUUCUGCCCGGUUCACUGUACACAUUGAAGAGAGGAGCAUGUAGCCCCUGUCCUGACACUGACCCUGAUUUCACCUCUCUUCUUGUGUAAGAACCCCAAUUUCAGAAGCUUUAAUGACAUCCAUCCCAGUGAGGACACUGUCCUGCCCUGACAGUGAUGCCAACCCUGGCCAGACAGUGCCACCCAGCUACUCUUCUCUUUGGCUCCAGCCCCAAUUUUAACCUGUCAGAGAGCAGCCCUCCCAUCCCUGCCAUUAUGAGGUCUCCAGCAGUGGUGACAGACUGCUUCCAAGGAUCCUUUUUCCUGUGCCCUCCUUGGGGUUUGAACCAGUGUCAGCUGGUAGGGUCCCUGAGCCAUUUGUGAUAGCUCCACCAAGACCCUGGAGACUAAGCAGGGUGUUCAGGGUCCCUGGAGCUGCUGCAUCAGCUAACGCUCCCUUCUUGAAACUCUGUGUAACAAGACCUUCUAGUGCCGGUCUCUUUCCUCAGCCCCUCUGCCUUCCCGGGGCUGCCCCCAUCUUCACCUGAUGCCCACACCCCUGGCAUCAUCAGCUGUGCUCUCUUGAAGCAACUCGGGAGAAGGAUGAGUGGCUUUGAGGCAUAGGGGUCACCAUCCCACCUUCGGAGCCUCCCUGGACCUCAGCCACCAGCGUGGCACCUGUUUGCAUCGGCCCAGGGUUGAGUGAACUUCACCUGUCAGGCAGUGGCUGCUUGCCUCCAUCCUUUCUACCAUACCUCGUGCAGGCUGGUCGCCAUAUAUUUUGUUCUUAAAGCGAGGGCAUGAGGCAGGUGGCAGGGAAAGGCUGGGACAUUUGCAGACUCUCUCCUCACCCCUGCUUCCUUAUUCUGCCCAUUUGGUAUCCCUUCCACACCAUUUAUUCCCAUCCCCCCAGGGCCAGAGCCUAGUAACUACUCAAACUUCUCUCCCCUGACUGGGAGAAGGGCUAAGAAACAUGUCAGUAAAUAAAAGAACUUUUGUCCAA